CUGCUGUCGUGGGCGAAGGAAGCUGAACCAAUGAAGAGGGGCUAGUUUCCUUUAGUUGAUUACAUCUAGAUUUUAUCAAAUGAAUAUCGCCGUUUAUUUAUUUGUAAAAUAUCCCCGUGAAUAGAAAACGUGUGUGUCCUCCUGAGAACGUGUCUUGCUCGGACGCAGUGUUUUUGUCAAACAGGAAUCAUCCUAAAUAAGAGAAGAGACCUAGUGAAUGGCAGACUGCGAAAGAGAAACAAAGAUGGUGUUUGAGCUGCCAAUCCACUAAACUCUGCGAGAGAAGACAUCUGAUGAGAAAUUACUGCAACCUAACAGAUUCCGGCAUGGAAGACAAGGCAAAUGGCACUGUUGACACAAAAAGCCCAGUGGAGAAUGGACAGCUGCCGGACCCUGCAAACUGGGGGGUCGCCGACGUUGUCAACUACUUCAAAGCAACAGGGUUCGAGGAGCAAGCGACGGCUUUCCAAGAUCAGGAAAUCGAUGGCAAGUCUCUGCUGCUGAUGACCCGAAACGACGUCCUGACGGGGCUGUCGAUAAAGCUAGGCCCUGCACUGAAAAUCUAUGAGUAUCAUGUGAAGCAGCUGCAAACCCAACACCUGAAGAGCAAUGCCUCUUAGCACCCCCCCCCCACCCCCUCCCUAAAAGCUCAGUGACAAUCAUCGCGUCAAGAGACCCCAGGUUAGCUGCCACUUAACUCCUCUGGCCACAGUGGCACCUUAACAGAAUUUGAAUGCUGUAUGUUUUAUAAGCUCAGAGCCCAAAAAACUGGUUUUCUCAGCUGUUUACCCUUUCAGCCAUUCUUAUUUCGGCUUGAGAUUUGUAUUUUAUAUUUUGUGUGUUUAAUUUUAAAGAAAGAAAUGUGGGUUGCAAUUGUUUGCCGACAUGAUUUCUCUGUGUGUGUGUGUGUGUGUGUGUGUGUGUGUGUGUGUGUGUGUGUGUGUGUGUGUGUGUGUGUGUGUGUGUGUGUGUGUGUGUGUGUGUGUGUGUGUGUGUGUGUGUGUGU